GGGUUCACCAGCUUUUCGGGCUGCUUCAUUUUCACUAAACGUUUGCUCAUGCGCAAUGUUACAUUGACAAGGUGGUAUCCUGGCUCAGACAGAUUAAUACCAUGUGCAACCCCUGGGAGACACACAGCGACUACCUUCAUGUGUUGAUUACACGGAGGCUGUGGUAUUUUAUUUUCAGUUGGCACACUGCUUCAAACAGUGGAAUCAACAAAGUUUUGUGAUUAUCAAACGGAAAUGUAUUACUAACAACACAAGUUUGAAUAAAAGGUAUAACACAUCUGGCAUUUAGCGACGACGUGAUCCACAGUGAACAAAAUGCCGGUCGAACCUAAGUCCCAAGAACCACAACUCUCACUGAAACACAACGGCAACACGUCAAACGGCGACGCUGCUAUAAACAUUAGCUCGAGUGAAACUGACAAGGCAGCGCCUGGUAAUGGAACUCUGCAAAUAGAGGACACCACAGCGUCCGAUGGGAAACUGACUUCCAAAGAUGACAAAUCAAAGGACGGUGAUGAGGAUAAGAAAAUAUCCUAUUUUCAGUUGUUCCGCUACACUGAUAAACAGGACGCUAUUAUGAUGUUCAUCGGAACGUUGGCGGCAAUGGCAGCAGGCACAGUGUUACCGUUAAACCUCAUCUUCUACGGACAAGUCAUCACACUCUUUGUCGGCGGUACCAGUUCAAACAACGUGACUGGCCUAAAUGUGACAAAUCCGUAUGCAAAUUUAGUUGAACAAACUUCAUCAAUCGCCAUCAUAUUUGUUGUACUUGGAGUGGUGGCCUUGGUCACCAGUUACCUGGGGGUCGCCAUGUGGUCAUGGACCUCUGAACGUCAGAUUCACAAGGUCCGGGUCCACUUUUAUCGAUCUGUGAUGAAACAAGACAUCCCCUGGUUCGACAUUCACAAGAGCGGGGAGUUGAGUACCAGGUUCUCAGAGGAUAUGCUGCAGAUCCAUAGCGGGAUGGGAGACAAACUGGCGAUAUUUGUCCAGUGGCUGGCAACCUGGCUGGCCUCUGUAAUUAUCUCCAUCGUCCUGUACUGGAAGCUGGCGCUCGUCGCCUUGUCAUUCAGCCCCUUUAUUAUUCUCAUAUCUGGAGCCAUCAUUGGAUAUGCUCGGAAUGUUACGAAGCAGGAAUCAGAGAAGUACGCUAAGGCAGGAGCUGUGGCGCAGGAGGUGUUUGGUUCCAUACGGACAGUGCAUGCUUUCCAGGGACAGGAGAAAGAGUGCAGCAGGUACGAUGAUAACCUCAUCGAGGCGAAAAGCAUGGCAGCUAAAAAGGGCCUGGCUAUUGGAUUGACGAUGAGUGUUUUCUGGAUAAUCGUUUUCAUCGACUUUGCUGUAAGCUUUUGGUAUGGCGUCUAUCUUCUCCAGACUGAAAGCUUGGACCCCGGCGUUAUACUCCCCAUAUUUAUCAACAUAAUGAUUGGAUCAACGUCUCUGGGCAUGGCUUUCCCUUACAUGGAGAUCUUCUCCAACUCCUUGGGAGCCGCAGGGAAGGUCUUCAGCAUCAUAGACAAUGUGCCUACUAUUGAUAGUUCAUCGGACGAGGGUCUUAAACCACAGGCAGUGAUGGGAGACAUAGAGUUCCGGAAUGUAGGGUUUACCUACCCGACGAGGCCGGACACACAGAUUCUCAAGGGAUUUGACCUAAAGGUACCCCAGGGAAAGGUGGUGGCUCUUGUUGGACCCAGUGGAUGUGGCAAGAGCACUACUGUACAGCUUCUGCAACGAUUUUAUGACCCCAAGGAAGGCGAGAUUCUGCUCGAUGGCCAUAACACCCGGGACCUGAAUAUAGGAUGGCUACGUCAGCACAUCGGCAUCGUGAGUCAAGAGCCCGUGCUUUUUGCUACCACAAUUGCUGACAACAUUCGCUAUGGCAACCUGAGCAUAGACAAGGCAGGCAUAGAGAAGGCGGCCCGAGAAGCCAACGCCCAUGACUUCAUCACGCAGCUACCGCAGGGGUAUGACACAAUAGUCGGAGACCAAGGGGGACAACUUUCUGGCGGACAGAAACAACGGGUAGCAAUUGCCCGGGCCUUGGUUCGUAACCCCAAGAUCCUGCUGCUGGAUGAGGCGACAUCAGCUCUGGAUCACGAGAGUGAAGCCAUUGUGCAGAGUGCUCUUGAGCAGGCCGAACGAGGGCGCACAACAAUUGUCAUAGCUCAUCGUUUGUCUACCGUUAAGAACGCUGACGUCAUUGCCUCUAUUAGUCAUGGUCACGUGGUUGAACAAGGAACUCAUGACCAAUUGAUAGCAGAUGGUGGACUGUAUGCCCGGCUAGUCGCGCUGCAAACGAGGGUGGAAGAGUCAACAGAUGCAGAUAUGGUAGAUAUUGACAUAGUGGAUGACUCUGAUGAAAGCGAUGACGAAGACCCCAUCCUGGAUCCAACCUUCGAGAGGACGUUGUCUGAAGGCAAGGGCCACCUGCAUGUCAAAGUGCGUCCUGGCUCUGGACGCAGAAGAAAGAACACUGAAAAAGAAGAUGAUAAAGAAAUAGUUGAGGAAGAUGAAUCGGUUGCCACAGUGAGUUUUAGGAGGAUUCUUCGCCUUAAUGCUCCUGAAUGGUUAUUCCUGCUAUUUGGCAGUCUCGGUGCCACUUUCGCCGGUUUGUUGAUGCCUGCGUUUGCCUUCGUGAUCACAGAGUUUAUUCGAAUCUUUGGAAUACAAGAUCGAGAAGAACAGAUGCGCAUGACGACCAUCAUGUGUUGUGUUAUGUUUGCCUUGGGUAUCUGCAACGCCAUCGCCAAAUCGUUCCAGACCUACUGUUUCUCCAAGUCUGGCGCUGGGCUGACUGCUCGUGUACGUAGUAUGGCCUUCAAGUCCAUAGUGAACCAGGACAUGGACUUUUUCGAUAACACAAAGAAUCAAGUAGGUUAUCUUACGACGCGACUAGCUGCAGACGCACAGGUUCUUCAGUCGGCUACAUCGCAGAUCGGGUUCGGUCUCGAAGCUCUAGCAACCAUUGCUGCCUCGUUGGUCAUUGCCUUCAUAUAUGGCUGGAAGUUGGCGUUCACCAUUCUGUGUUUUAUGCCUGUAAUGAUAGGAGCGGGCAUCAUUCAAGGAAGGAUAUUUAAAGGAUUCUCAAACGCUGACAAGAAAUUUGUUGACCAGGCUGGAAAGAUUUGUUCUGAGACGACCGCCAACAUUCGCACUGUUGCAUCUCUUCACACAGAGAAAGUUUUUAUAGACAGAUAUGAAGAAAUAAUAACAGGAAUAUGCAAUUCUGGAGUGAAGAGGUCCCACAUCCGGGGUAUCGCCCAUGGGUUCUCCCAAUGUAUCGUAUUUUUCGCCUACGCAGCAGCAUUUACGUACGGUGCAUAUUUGGUGCAGAUUGGGGAAAUGCAGUUCUUCGAAGUAUUCAGAGUAUUCGCAAGUAUCAUAUUUGGAGGCCAGCAAAGUGGAAGAGCCACUUCCUCCUCUCAAGAUUAUACGAAAGGAAUGAUGGCGGCUGGACGUCUCUUUGCAGUCAUUGACAGACAGCCCGAGAUCAGCACAGAGACGUCGAAAGGAAAGACACUUGAUCACUACAGUGGGGCAGUCACUUUAACCAACGUAAUGUUCCGCUACAAGUCUCGGCCGAAUGUGACUGUUCUCAAAGGCCUGAGUUUCGAUGUCCAGCCCGGGGAGACUCUGGCCCUCGUGGGCAGCAGUGGGUGCGGCAAGAGUACCACCAUACAACUUAUCGAGCGCUUCUAUAAUACAGAACACGGAGCCGUGAUGGCUGACAAAUCCCCGAUCCCAAGUCUGGACCUCAAGUGGUGGCGCUCACAAUUAGCAUUGGUGUCACAGGAACCGACUCUUUUUGACUGCAGCAUUGCAGAGAACAUCGCCUACGGCGACAAUUCUCGUAUAGUGUCUAUGGACGAAAUAAUAGCAGCAGCAAGAAUGUCAAACAUCCAUUCCUUUAUAGCAUCGUUACCUCUGGCGUAUGAGACUAACGUUGGAAGCAAAGGGACACAACUUUCUGGUGGACAGAAACAAAGAGUCGCCAUUGCUCGUGCUCUUGUCCGAGACCCCAAGGUACUUCUUCUGGACGAGGCAACAUCAGCCCUGGACUCAGAGAGCGAGAGGGUUGUCCAGGAGGCACUGGACAAGGCCCGUGCAGGCCGGACUUGCAUUGUAAUCGCCCACCGUCUGUCAACAAUCCAGAAUGCGGACAAGAUUGCGGUCGUGAAACAAGGGGAGAUAAUCGAAGUUGGAACACACACAGAACUGUUAGCUCUGAAAGGAGCAUAUUACAAUCUUGUCCAGGCUCAAAAUCGGAAGAAGAAAGAUUCUUAGUCAUGUCGUAUGCAGAUGAGGAGGUUACAGUCAGGGGCAUAACCUCACAUCUCGAUCCCGAAGACGACUGUCCAUGCCAUCGACCAACAUUUUGUCAGACCUCACUCCAGCACAAAAAAGGAUGUAUGGACAUGGCGACGAAAACAAUAUUUAACAAACUCGCUCUCAAAGUGUUAAAAAACUCAACUCCUUUUUCCGUUGUUUUCAAGCUCACUGUCACAAUCCAUUCAUCAUUUUGUUAAGAAUGUGUUUCAGGCGCAUGUAAUUUAACUUAGCAGAGAAAGGAUCAUACACGAAUUCUACAUAUCAUUCAGCAGAGGGCAUGCUGUCGUGGUCUGUUUGUAUUACUUGUCAUAUGAGGCGACUAACGGGAUAGGGUGGUCAGGCUCGCUGACUUGGUUGAAGCAUGUCAUCGAUCCCAAUUGCAUAGAAGACUAUGGAAAUUCUGCGUAUAUGAACGUGGGACUUCUGGGUAAUUGAAAAGAAAGUAUAUGCAUUUAUUGUGGCUAUGGAACGUGUUUGUUUGCUUUUUUUAACACUUAUCAGUGUGUUAUAGGUUACAUAUCACUGUAUUGUGUGUUCUCUAUAAUGCAUAGGCACAUUCUUACAAAAGCAAACUUUCUUGACCUUUUGAGAAUGCCUGCAUUUAGUACUUCGUCCAUGGUUAUUCCAGUCUGAUUAAGCAGCCAGUACGAGGUUUUCGCUGUCAUUACAUCAGAGGCGUCGCAAAUAUUCGAAAAAAGAUUUCUUUGGUGUGACGUUAUUUUCGUAAGGCACGCAAAAUCUGUAUAAAUCUGUAUUAUUUUGCCGAUAUAUUAUCGGACCGAGUCCUUUAUCCAGUUGAAAUCCACGAAGCUUUCAUUUCCAGGUCACAGCUUUUACCACUGUACUGUCUAAAACAUCACUGUCCCCACAGAAGUGGCCUAACUGGAAUCCUGCAUUAUAUCAAUAUCUUGCAAGAUUUAAACGUCACUGUUUGUAGUCAUGCUUUUACUGAACACACACACACUAUAUAUAUAUACAGUAAACUACGGUUAUAACGAACUCAAAGGGACUACUCAUUUUAGUUCGUUAUAACCCUAAUUCGUUAUACGCAUAUA